GUUUUCUCUUUCAGGAUCAACAUGAAAUAUGCAUGUUGUGGGGUUUGCAUUCAUUUUCAGUGAAGCUAGAUCAGAUAAUCAAAGAUUGAUUGGAAGAGAAAACAAAAAAGAACAGAAUGACAUCCAACACAUGCCAGAGUCAAAGCUGGAACAGUGUACCCAGCCACAUCAAGUCCAUGUUUGAAUGGUUUUAAUUUGGUGCCCAUAUUAGCAAUUUUUUAGUAGUGUUCUGCAUUUUCUUUUUCUUUUCUAUUUUAUUUUUUUUWAAUAAUCUUAUAAAGUUUAUUGAAAAAAGCUUAAAUCAGUGACUUAAAUGAUAUGAAUAAAAUCUGAAUAAAAUAUUUCAAAUGUGUUGCCUGUUUCUGUGUAUUACAAAUGUUUUCURUGUGUUGCAGUUAAACUGAGACUGAUUCUUAUUGUCAAUAUAUUAGAGUUGAACCACUCGGGUGUUACUUGUGAAAUAUAUGCAGGAAACAUCGUCACUGUUAUUUCCAAUAAUUGGGUUUUAUUAGKGGCAAAGAAAACAUCAGYAGUAGUGGAGUUAUUGAUAAGAAAUUUACAACUUGCAUAACAUCUGUUGAAUAUUAGACACAAAGUAUUGACACCCUGUUAUUUUUUGUCACAUUACAAGUGCAAAAUGUGUGUAUUUUUUUAUAUAAGAUUUUAUAUAAUGAGCAACACAAGAUUGUACAGUGGACAAAAAGAAUAUACGAGAUUCUAAAAAAGUAUGUCAUGAAUAUCUCCCCUCCUUAACUCUGAUACCCCUAGUAACUGUAUCAGACAUCAUUUAGAGUCAGAUCCAGCUGUUCUGUGAAUGUUUCAGAAGUUUGAUGAAGAAUAUCAKGGGAACACAGCAGACAGUUCAAUGAGGAAGCUGUGAGGAGAGACUAAGAUGUACAAAAAACAUUGCAAACUUUGAACAUCACAAAGAGCUCUGUUCCAUCCAUCACCCGUUUGGAUCAGAGAAGCAUCCAAACGGUCUAUGGUAACUCUGGAGGAGCUGCAGAGUUCCACAGCUCGGUUGUGAUCAUCUAUAAAAGUGACAACUUUUAGUCAUGGACUCCAUAAAUCUAGCCUUUACAGAAGAGUGACCGUUUGUCACUAGCCGUGUGUGAGACACUGCAAGCAUGUGGAUGGAGGUACUUAACUCUAAUGAGACCAAGAUUCAGCUUGACUACAAUGGUUCUGCAAAACCAAUGGGUGAGAAAUAACGCUGUACAUAUCUAAACACACCAUUCUUUGAAUUCAGUUCAAUUCAAUUUAGAUUGAAUUAGAUUUGAAUUUCCAGAUUGACAACAAAUUGCCGUCUCAAAACACAUUCAAUUUCAUUCAAAUUCACCACACACUGUAUAUUGCAAUUCCAUGCUAUGCUGCAUUGAUGCAAUAAUUCAUCCAAAAUAAAGCCCAGCMAAGUUUUGACUGGAUGUGCUGUGUGUCGACAUACUUUUCAGUAGAUCAACAUUAAAAAUGAUUUUAACUGGUCUUGUGUGACAUUGUUACUCUGAACUGAAAUUGACAUAGUGGUCAGAAUUGACUGAAACACAUUCUGAAYAUAUCUAAAUCAGCCAUGUGCAGUUAUUCUACACAGUCUUUGAAUUUGACUUUUUAAAUUAAAUUGCUAAUAUAACAUUUUUUGUUCAGAUUUUAAUUUAGUAACUUAMAUUUUCUAGAUCACAGCAGAUAGUCAAGCCACAAUAUCUAGGUUAGAUUUAACUCCAGACUUUGACUAGACCAGUCCAAAACCAUCUUUUUUUUUAGCCAUUUAAAGUUUGAUUUACUGGUGUGAUUUAGAUGAUUGUCUUMUGCAUAACCUGAGUUCACUUGAGAUUAUGGUCAUGAAUAAAGUCAUUUCACAAAAUGUUUUUCCUAAAGUCUUGGGGGGUCAUUCAUAUAUAUUUUCUCUUUUUUUGUGUGAAAUUGUCAAAAAUCAUCUUAACUGAGAAAAGUGUUGUUCUGGGCUUAUUUGUGACCUCCGGAUUCAUUUGUGGAUGAAAAUGGAGUGAUUUUGGUAUAGACUAAUAUUGCCACUCUUUCUCAGUUCUCAAAUAGUUCUCAUUGUGGUUCAAUGSAGAGCCAAAACCUGGACAAUGGCACUGGGAUUGUUACCAGACUCAUAAUCUCAAAUGUGCMGUUUGAUCAGAAACGGAAUGACAUAAAGUUCAGAAAAAUGUGACUUUAACAAAGUCUGCUGCUCCUAGAACAGUUUUGCCCAAAGUCUGUCGGAUGGCAUCCUGCAUGUUUUAGUUCUCUCUCUGGUGGUAGUAGCAACCUUUUCAGCUUGUCAGUGUUUUUCUUAGGCCUUCUGAUGAGMCAUCAUUUGAUCCAGGUGCAUUAAACCAGRGMGAKAACUAAAACAUGCAGGAUGCCGGGCCUUGAGGACCGACUUUGGACACCACUGUCCUAGAAGAAGCAGAAAGACAURAGCUUGCACCAAUGAGCAUCAGGGCCCAUGGUUUUAAAGUUAUGACCUCAUUAGCCCCAGAUUGAGGCCAUAUAACGUUAAAUCCACACAGGGGAGGUUAGGAGGGAUGAAAUGUUCUUGUUUUCCUCAGCGCACUGAAGCGCGUUUUUCAAGGUAAAUAUUCUUUCUCCCAACAUGAGGCAGGUCUUUGUUGUUUACCAAGAGGUAAAGAGGCGGAAAAGUGAGGGGGAUCUGAACUGGUUUCCAUGUCAAACACUUCAAUUCACCAUAGAAACUCAGAUCUUAACGCGGAAACUUUAUUAAACUGUGAUGGUGGAUUGAUAAGGGCCGAAUUUCUAUCGGCCUCUUUUUAUUGUGGGCACCGGGCGGGCUGACAGAGGUAAAUUGCUCUUUUAAUUAAAGCAAUGCACCAGGGGAAAUUGCUGUCUGAAUAUUGUCUCAGAGAUGGGGGCCAGUGACAGUUGCCUGGAAACUUCAAUCUGUCCACCCGCAUUUAUUCCAGAUCCCAGUUAUGAGAUAAAGUUUAAUAAAAAUCUUUUGCUGCGCCACCGCCGAAAUGAAACCCAAGCCUUUCUGAGCGUCUGAACACAAUGAGACAGGACCGCGGAGGAAACCUCAUGUUCAACAUGUAUCUCUCAGAUCCAACAGAAAAUCUGUUGAAAGAAAGCAAAGGAACAUCUUGGAGUCCAAUAAAUACCGGAGUGCAAAAAGGCAGCGGACAGAUCCAGCUGUGGCAAUUCCUUCUGGAGCUCCUCUCGGACAGCACCAACGUGUCCUGCAUCGCCUGGGAGGGCACCAACGGGGAGUUCAAGCUCAUCGACCCGGAUGAGGUGGCCCGGCGCUGGGGGGAGCGGAAGAGCAAGCCCAACAUGAACUACGACAAGCUGAGCCGGGCGCUGCGCUACUAUUACGACAAGAACAUCAUGACUAAAGUCCACGGCAAGAGAUACGCCUACAAGUUCGACUUCCACGGCCUGGCGCAGGUGUGCCAGCCGUCCACCACGGAGCAGGCCAUCUACAAGUUUCAGGGGAACUUCUCCCCGAUCCCCUUCUCCGGCAUUUCCAAACUGAAUCUCGUCACGCCCGGCGUGGGUCCCUCGGGUUUCUCCUACUGGCCCGGCUCCCCACCGGCGGCCCUUUAUCACAGCCACAACCUGCAGCCCACGGGGCCCUUCGGCACCGUGUCUCCGUCCCACAUCAGCUGCGUCAACAACAUCAACAGUCUUGCCAACAUCAACAAUCACUACAACUGACUCCUGUUGCACAUUCCAUGCCAGACUUGGAGUGAAUAAAUACACGCGAACUGGUUUUUGUUUGCGCCCCAAAUGUUGAGUAAUUCCACCACGACUUGGACAAGAUUUCUGAAAAACGACAUUUAUCUUAUUUCGCUCAGCAAACCUGCCUUAUUCCACAGAUAGCCUUGUAAAUUUUGGAUUGCAUUUUAUCCCGGUAUGUCCGUAAAUUAUUAAUUAGAAUCAAAAAUGAACAUUACGUCCUAUUUUAUUAUAUUCCCCAAUUUGAUUAUAGAUGGUCCUUGUAGAUAUGAAGUAAAUAAUUUCCUAUAACUUGAAUCAAUCUGAUCCUUUGUUCAGACUACUGCGUAGAAACAACCAAUAUGUGUGUUAAAAAAACAAAACAAAAUAUAGUUUGACUAUGCUUUACAUCGUUUUUCACUCAGAUGCAAUGAAUAUUUAAUAAAUGAAUAAAUACAUACAUUAGAAAAACCGCCUAUCAUUUUACACACACUACUUUUCUGCGCAAAAUGUCAUUUUUUUUAAAAUAUGAAAUUUCUGAUCUCCACUCCACAAAUUUUGAGUUUCAGAAAUCAAUAAACUUUUAUUUGUGACAAGGUGUUUCUUGUUAGAGAACAUAGCCACUAGAUGUUACAAUAAAGUGCUGAAAGAGUUGUUUUCUCUUUUAUUCCUUUAAAUUGUUUCUGUCUUUUCGAUCCUCGCCCUUUUGUACAUUUUGGUCGAUCGGAACGCUACCGAGUCUUUCAGAUACGAAAUGGAGACACCUGCCAAAGGGAGGUUUACUGUCCAUGAGCCAUUUCGGACGUAAAGUAUUUUUUUUUCUACUCAUUACUCUCCAGUGAGCAAAUGUGCUUUUAUGAUUUCAAUAAAUAGAAUUAGGAAAUGACUAACGUUGUUUUAUCUUAGUCACAUUCAUAUUUAUCCAGAGUUGAAGGGUAACAGAACCACA